AUGGCAAAAGAAGCCCUGAAAACCCAUGAUCUUCUAUUCUAUGGAUGGCCAGCAUAUGUUAGCCAUAAAAAAUUAUCAUACAAUGGCCUGGAUGUUGCAUUUCCACCUUAUGAAUCUCAGGGCAUGAUGGGAGGGUUUUUCAUCUCUGAUCACCUUCCUUCAUUGAGCUGGAUUGAUAAGCUCUCAGGGAUGUUUGCUCGUCUAGAGAAUAAUUUUAAGGACUUGGAUUUGUUCUACCAAGAGCUCAUAGAUGAGCACCUCAAUCCCAAUAGGCCAGAAACAAUGAAGGAUGAUGUUCUUGAUAUCUUGAUCCAGAUAAAACAAGAACAAUCAUCAGGAUUUGCACUUUCUUGGGAUCACAUCAAAGCAUUGCUCAUGAAUAUAUUCAUAGCUGGAACAGAGACAAGUGCAGCCACAGUUGUUUGGGCUAUGACAGCCCUGAUGAAGAAUCCUUCAGCAUUGAAGAAAGUACAAGCUGAUAUUAGAGAUUUGGUUGGACAAAAAGGAGCUGUAGUAGAAGAAAAACUUCAGAAGCUUCACUAUUUAGAUGCAGUAAUAAAGGAAGCUCUAAGAUUGGGAAAUGAUUUUGAAGUGAUUCCAUCUGGAGCUGGAAGAAGAGGAUGCCCUGGAAUUUCUCUAGGACGGUCAAUUGUGAAACUUGCACUCGCCAACCUUCUUUAUUCCUUUGAAUGGGAAUCGCCGUCCGGGAUCAGAACAGAAGAUGUUCAUACCAACGUUUUGCCAGGAAUAACUAGAAAAAUGCGCUUUGAGUUUUGGCCAAGUAAUAUCUCGAUCAAAGCUCUUAACACCGCAGAGAGUGAACAUUAA